AUUUGAUUUUUGAAUAGUGGGUGUGAACGUUGUGUUGUUUGUAUUGUACUUCUUUUGUCGUUUUGUGCAGUUUCUUAAAUACUUUGUAGCAGGUUUUUGUUUCAAAACUUGAUCACCACAGAGAAGAUGCUUCUGAUUCUCAGAAAUUAACAUGAAGGGCAUGGUGGAUUUGAAGUAAAUAAAUUCAGCUGUGUCUUGAUUGAUGAGUUUGGAAGCAUUUGCAUUUACAUUUGGUUGAUGCUCUCUAUAGCCAUUUCUGAAGUACACUAUAGUGUAUGUGUAUGAUAGAGAGUGUCAAGUUUGAAGAUUAAGCUACGAAGGCUUGGCUUGUUGUCUUAGUAACUAAUUCUUAAAGAAACAGUGGAGAACAACAGUGAUAGCUCUUUACAAGAUCAAGUCUUUUGAAGAUUUAGCAAGUUAAGUUUUGCUUGAGGGCAUUAAAGGAUCACUUGCUAAAGUAAGGAAAAGAAAGACUCGUGGGGCAUCUUUAGCUUUGUUGAUCAUCAAUUCAAUUCUACUAGACCAGUCCACCCAAAUUUGAAAUCAUGGUGGAAGCUACUCAAGCUAGUAAAGAUAACCAUGUGGUUGCAUUUGAAGCCCGUUCCACAGAAGACUGGUUGUUGCAUGCACAGGAACUUGUUCCUGUUGCUCUUGCUAAUGCAAGGGAGGUUAAGGGGUUUCCUGGUAGGUGGAAGAUGAUCAUUUCAAAAUUGGAGCAGAUUCCGUCACGUUUAUCGGACUUGUCAAGCCACCCUUGUUUCUCCAAGAAUGCUCUUUGCAAGGAGCAAUUGCAGGCUGUGUCAAAGACACUUAAAGAAGCCGUUGAAUUGGCUGAGUUGUGUGUGAAGGAGAAGUAUGAGGGCAAACUUCGGAUGCAGAGUGAUCUCGAUGCAUUAAUUGGGAAACUGGAUUUGAAUUUGAAGGAUUGUGGUCUCUUGAUCAAGACGGGCGUGCUUGGUGAAGCUACUUUGCCAUUAACAGUGUUAGGUUCUAUGGCAGAAUCAGAUAUUGCAACACACAACAAUAUAAGAGAACUACUUGCGCGCCUUCAGAUUGGUCACUUGGAAGCAAAGCACAAAGCCUUAGACAGACUCUACGAUGUUAUGAAAGAGGAUGAGAAGAAUGUUUUGGCUGUUUUUGGUAGGAGCAAUAUUUCUGCUUUAGUCCAAUUGCUCACAGCAACAUCUCCAAGGAUAAGGGAGAAGACAGUUACCGUUAUAUGCUCUCUCGUGGAGUCAGGAAGUUGUGAAAAGUGGCUAGUUUCUGAAGGAGUUCUGCCACCUCUCAUAAGGCUUGUCGAAUCUGGUAGUGCUGUGGGUAAAGAGAAGGCUACGCUAUCUCUUCAGAGAUUGUCAAUGUCAGCUGAAACAACUCGUGCAAUUGUUGGACAUGGUGGUGUCCGGCCAUUGAUUGAGAUUUGUCAAAGUGGUGAUUCUGUGUCGCAGGCAGCUGCCGCCUGUACUUUGACAAAUGUAUCAGCUGUUCCUGAGGUGAGACAGGCUUUGGCUGAAGAAGGUAUUGUGAGGGUUAUGAUCAGUCUUCUUAACUGUGGAAUUUUAUUAGGUUCCAAAGAGUAUGCAGCAGAAUGCUUGCAGAAUCUCACUUCAAGCAAUGAGUAUCUGAGAAAGUCUGUGAUAUCAGAAGGCGGUGUUAGGAGUCUUCUGGCUUAUCUUGACGGUCCACUUCCCCAAGAAUCUGCAGUUGGAGCUUUGAAAAAUCUGAUUGGAUCAGUUUCUGAGGAAACUUUAGUUUCUCUUGGUUUGGUUCCCUGUUUGGUUCACGUGCUGAAGUCCGGAUCAUUGGGUGCUCAACAAGCUGCUGCGUCUAUCAUCUGCCGUGUUUGCAGCUCAAUGGAGAUGAAGAAAAUAGUUGGUGAAGCCGGGUGCAUCCCUCUUCUUAUAAAGAUGCUUGAGGCUAAAGCAAAUAAUGCUAGAGAGGUUGCUGCUCAAGCGAUUUCAAGCCUAAUGGUUCUGUCCCAGAAUCGGAGAGAGGUUAAGAAGGAUGAUAAAAGUGUGCCAAAUCUGGUCCAGUUGCUUGAUCCAAGCCCCCAGAACACUGCAAAAAAGUAUGCAGUUUCUUGCCUUGGAUCACUUUCUCCAAGUAAGAAAUGUAAGAAACUGAUGAUUUCAUACGGAGCAAUUGGGUAUCUGAAGAAGCUUACAGAGAUGGACAUUCCAGGAGCUAAAAAGCUGCUAGAGCGAUUGGAAAGAGGGAAAUUGAGAAGCUUGUUCAGCAGAAAGUAGAGGAACCACUGAAAAUUUCAAAUGACUAUUUGUAUCUUGAAGCUUUUUCUUUGUUACUUUUGUUCUUGUCAAUGUUGUUUCAUUGCCUAUAUGAAACAAGUAGCUUAGAGUGUAAACUGUGGAAUGAGAAAGUUUGGUAAUCUGUUUAAUCAAUGUUUAGAUUGUAUAAUAUUUUAUCUUUCUGCAUCCUCUUUGAUUCUCUCAUCGGUUUUCCUUUUAGAAACUUUGCUAGCAUUUGAACUCUGGUCAAGAAGUGUAAAAUUCAAGUCUCAAAAACUUGUGAUGAUUUAUCUCCCUUUCUCUA